GAAACGUGAAAUAUGCGGCUGGAGUGUCUGAGUGUGGCGGCGUCACGGGACCCGAAAUAGAUCUGGCUAUUUCCGAACGCUUAGACAUUCCACGGCACCUUUCGACGGAAACGCGGACGAAACGCGAAAUACCUCGUCGAAAAAAUCCGUGAAAAUCUGGAAAAAAAAAAUCCGGAUCUCCCAGUGGCCGGCGUUCUUUGUGCUACAGUUUCGAUUUGCCAGCCGAGGGUAGUUAAGAGAGAUGCCUUCAGGCGGUGGCACGUUAGAAAGGAAGAAAUCCGACGCCAGCGCCACCCAGCCCAGGGAGACCUUCAGGCCGCCAUGGGUCAAAGACGGACCCUCGCCCCUACCCAUGCCCAACGCCCCAUGGAAGUCGAAGAACCCCAGGAGGGACAGCAACGCCAGCGAUGGAAAACCUGAGAACCCCCUGGCGAACGUCCAACUCAGAAAAACCUCCAUACCGAGCAAAGAGCCUCCCGAAAAUGGAACCAAAGACGUCACCUUCGUCAAGCCACCCUUGAAACCCGUCCCUCCGAGGGAGGUAUCCCCGAAACCCAGGGAGAAGCUGAAGUUCGAUGUCAAGCUCAACAGCGUUGAGGCCAGGAUCAAGAAGGAACCCCCUAGAAGGACACCAACCAUCGAAUCUGAACUGGACAGGGAAAUCCCAGCACUGAGGAACAAAUUAGUGAGGGAGGAAAGUUUACGGAGACUAUCACAGACCCCUCCGGCACCCCCACCGCCCCCUCCGGCGCCACCAUCGAUGCCGCCAGAUUUCAAAAGGAAUCCCCUCAGCAGAGAACAACUGGAAAAACUGGAGUCCCUCAGAGCAAGACCCAAAACCCGUCCGGACUGGACCUCCAUGCUCAAGGAAAUCGAAUCGAAGAAGGCCCUGAAACAUGUACAAUGCAACGACAGGUCCACUCCCAUCAUUCCAAGAUGCAAAUCCCAGAGCAAGACUGGAGAACACUUCCUGUAUGAGAGUGAGAAAGCACAACAGAGCACCGUACACAACGAACUGCUGAAAGAGAUACAACAAGGAGUUCAACUGAAGAGGGUCAAGACAAACGACAGGAGCAAACCCCAACUGGAGGGGUUGAGAAAAUUCAGGAGACAAAUGACUAUAGAAGAACAAAUUCAAAAGUCCGUUUCCAUGGCUAGCAUACCACCGUUUUCUACUGAAAACGAAUUGCAGGAGGAGAUACCAGAUGAGGUGGACGAGAUGGACGACAUAGACAAGGUUAGGGACGAUCUGCAGAGCACGAAGCAGAUGCUGGCCUUCGAGUUGAGGAACAAGGAGGCUCAGAUCAGGGAGAAUAAGAGGCUGAUGACUAGACUGCAGGCUCUCGAAGAGGAACUGGAGAAGGAGAGGGCCAAAAAUAGGGAGAACGGUGGCAGUGGAGCCAGUAACGAGACUGCAGAAAAGCAAAUAAAAUCGCUACAACAAGAAGCAGACCAAGCAAGAAAAGUGAAGGAGGAAAUGGAAAAAAAAUACCACCAGGCUUCUGACCAAUUGGAAAACACCAAAGCCGAACUCGAAGACAUUAAAAAGGAUAAAUUGGAAUUGGAGAAAAGACUACAGGAUAUCCUACAAGUUAAUGGAACUUACCACACUUGGAGCUACAAUAUGAUCAACGGAGGUAAAAGAGGAUCACUUGCCAGACAAAUCAGUACGGUCAACGGAGAAGAAUCAGUGGAAGAAGAAGAGAGUGAGAGUAGCGAAGAAAGUGAAAACGAUGAUGAAGAAACAAAACAGAAAAAAUUAGAGAAACACAUCAAACUUCUAACAAACAAGCUCCGUAACUUCAAGAACAAAGAGGACAAUGCCAAAAAGGAAAGAGUUGCUUUGAGGGAAAUAAUCAAGAAACACCAAACGGCCAUCAGAGAAGAAAGAAAAAAAUACAGGGUGUUACAGAAAGAGGUGACUAAGAUGGCUGCCUUGAUGAAAGACGACGAAAGUGAAGAAGGGGAAGAUGAAGAAGAGAAGGAGGAAUCAGAAGAGGAGACGGAAGAGGAAGAAUCGAGUGAAGAAAGUGAAAGCGAGGAAAGUUGCGAUGAUAGUGCUUCAGAAAAGAGCAUGAGUGAACCGGAAGAUGCACCUCCAACUAAGAGGAAAGAGAAUUACUCAACGAGAGUCAAAAGACAUGAGAGUAUCCUGGCAGCCUUGAAGAAAGGAAAUUAUAUGCUUAAAACCAACGCUGAAAGACUGCAAGAUGAUCUGAACAAGCAAAAAGAGCAGACUGCUUCUCUUCAAGAUGAUUUGGAUUCUGUCCUCUCAGAAUUAGGAUGAUUCAAAGUUUCGCUUAUUUUCUAAUGUAUAAAUAAAAUAUUAUAUUUUAUAAGUUGUGUUGUGUAUAAUAACUCGAUGAAAUUUUGGUAUGUAAUAAGUAUGUUUUAUGAGAAUUAGAAGUGAUUGAUUUGAAGGAAUAAAGUCUAUAUAUAAGUUUUCCAA